AUGCUAUCAAGCAAGACCAUCGACUCAGUGGUCCAAGAUACUGCUUCCAACCCGAAACACGUCGUAGACCAACAGUCACAAGCUAUGUCACCUAUCCCUCAGGACCAAGACCAAGAAGAUAUCCAGACAAAGGACCUUGAAGGUAUUCCCGAGGGUCUUGUAGAUAAAGCUGAAGGUAUAACGGUACCCACUGUACGGGAAGAUGGUAUGAGAUCACCAGCUGCGAGAAAUAAGAAACAAAAGAAUGUAGCGGUGUUGACGAGUGGGGGUGAUAGUGCUGGUAUGAAUGCUGCUGUCCGUGCUGUGGUCAGACAGUCCAUCGCUAGAGGAUGUCAAGCCUACAUCAUCCGAGAAGGAUGGGAAGGACUUGUCCGAGGUAACGCAACUGAUCCUACACCAUUCACAACACCUCGACGAACACCCUCGGCUUCAGCCAACCAAUCACCAGUCUUACAACCCGCCAAGAGCGUCUCAUUCUCUUCGUUACCUCCUUCGAAACAGAUGGAUUUGGAAAAAGCCACUCAUGAAUUGAAUGAACAGGCUGAAGAAGACUUUGAAAAGAACAGAGUCAACUUUACCGAUCCAAGUGGAGUUGCCCCCUUAUCCAACGCACCGCUGAGUUUCGGAUUUGGAGAGUUGCUCAAGGAUGGUGCGGGAGAAGGAGAUAUCGAGGAGAUGCAGGCUCACGGACUGCAAUCUAUGGUGAUCGUUGAUGAAGAGGAUGAGAAAGGUAAAUCACUAAAAGGGAGAUAUAUAGUGAGAGUUGGUUGGGAUGAUGUAAGAGGUUGGUUGGGUGAGGGUGGUACUCUUAUCGGUAGUUCCAGAUGUCCUUCUUUCAGGGAAAGAUCCGGAAGACUUCAAGCUGCACACAACCUGAUCAAAUACGGUAUCGACUGUCUUGCCGUAUGUGGUGGUGAUGGUUCGUUGACUGGUGCAGACAAAUUGAGAGGAGAAUGGCCGAGUCUCAUGGACGAACUCCUUGCUGCAGGUAAAAUUGAUGAGGAGCAAAGAGAGACUUAUAGACAUCUGAACAUCGUCGGUCUUGUCGGUUCCAUCGAUAACGAUAUGUCAAUGACCGAUCUCACUAUCGGUGCCCCAACUGCUUUACACCGAAUCUGUGAAUCCAUCGACUCUAUCGCCUCUACCGCAUCCUCCCACUCUCGAGCAUUCGUCAUCGAAGUUAUGGGAAGACACUGUGGAUGGUUGGCUCUACUUGCGGGAGUGGCGAUGGGAGCAGACUUCAUAUUUAUCCCUGAAUCACCACCCGAAACCGAUGAUUGGGAGACUGAGAUGUGCAACCUCCUUCAAUCUCACCGAAAAGUCGGUAAAAGGAAGUCUAUCGUCAUUGUCGCAGAAGGUGCUCUGGACAGGAACCUCAAACCUAUUAAGCCUGAUUACGUCAAGGAUAUCCUUGUUGAUAGAUUAGGAUUGGAUACGAGAGUCACUACUUUGGGUCACACUCAACGAGGUGGAAGACCUUGUGCCUAUGAUAGAAUCUUGCCUACCCUCCAAGGUGUACAAGCCGUCCAAGCUCUUCUCGAAGCAACACCCGAAACUCCCUCGUAUAUGAUCGGUACCCGAGAAAACAAGAUCAUCAAAGUACCUCUUCUUGAAGCUGUCGCCGAGACUCAAGCUGUUGCCAAAGCCAUUGAGAACCGAGACUUCGCUACAGCCAUGAGUCACAGAGACUCCGAGUUCAGAGAGAUGUUACAAGCCUUCCAGAUCAGUUCAUCUCUCGCAAUCAACGAAGAGGCACCUAAAGACAAGCGACUACGAAUCGGUAUCGUCCAUGUUGGUGCUCCAGCAGGAGGUAUGAAUGCCGCUACUCGACAAGCCGUUCGAUUCUGUCAUCAUCGAGGUCAUACCCCUGUAGCCAUCUACAACGGGUUCGAGGGUCUACUCGACGAUAACGUCGCUGAACUAUCUUGGCUCAGGGUGGAUACCUGGACUACUCGAGGUGGAUCAGAAUUGGGAACUAACAGGACGUUACCAAGUAUCGAUCUUGGUAGUGUCGCUGCAGGGUUCCAGAGACACGCUUUGGAUGGUUUAUUGGUUAUCGGUGGAUUCGAAGCUUUCCACUCGCUCAUGAUCCUCGAACAGAACCGUGCCAAUUACCCAAGUUUCCAAAUCCCCAUGGUCCAUUUACCAGCAACUAUCUCGAACAACGUUCCCAUGACAGAUUUCUCCCUGGGUAGUGAUACCUCCCUCAACGCCCUGGUGGAUGCUUGCGAUGCCAUCAGACAGUCCGCCUCGGCAAGUAGGAACAGAGUGUUCGUAGUGGAGACUCAAGGUGGAAUGAGUGGAUAUCUAGCUACUAUGGGUGCUUUGGCUGUCGGUGCUGUGCUCGUCUACACUCCAGAAGAUGGUAUCUCACUCAAACUCCUUCAAGCGGAUGUAGAGUUCUUGACCAAGAGGUACUCGUUAGACGCUAAGGGUAAGAGCGAAGGUCGAUUGGUCAUCAAAUCCGAAAAAUCAUCUUCCAUCUACACCACCGAGGUGCUCACCAAGAUCUUCAAAGAAGAAGGUAAAGAGUUAUUCGACGCCCGAUCCGCUUCAUUAGGUCAUACGUUGCAGGGUGGUACACCUUCACCCAUGGAUCGAACUCGAGCUGCAAGAUUGGCUUUGAGGUGUAUGCAGUUCCUCGAACAACAUGCUGUACCCAAUUCGCAGACUUCCUCCAUAGCCCACCGAGGAGGUAGUGGCGCGAAACAUAAGAAGCCGUCUUACUCUACUGAGACGGCUACGAUGAUUGCGAUUAGAGGAAGUAAGAUUGUAUAUGCCACGAUGGAAGAGGUUCUGAAACAUACGGAUAUGAAAUUGAGAAGAGGUAAAGACGAAUGGUGGUCUGACAUCAAGAGAUUGGCUGAGAUCAUGGGUGGUAGACAGGGAUUGAUCUCUUCAUAG